AUGGGGAGGGGGGAGACGUCUCGCCUCGCGCUCGCCGCCCUCUUUCGGGCGUGCGUCGCGUGCGCUGCGUUUGUCUGGCGCCCGGUGUGCCAGGCUCUGCGGCCGCUUGGCGCGAUGUGCCGUCGCUUCGCCGCGGACAACGCCUUUCCGCUGGGGCUCGGGCUGAGUCUCCUCGGCGCCUUCCUGCUGGCCACGUUUCUGCUCUCGUUCUUCGUCUCCUGGAUCUUGGGCUGCAUCCUCGCCUUCUUCCUCGUGCUGACUCUGCUCUACCACCUCACCACCGUCACCGUCUUCCCGGGAAGCAGCUCGUUCUUCAAGCGGCAGAUGGAGCUCCAGUUCUGCGCCGCCGCCAUUGGCCCGCUCCGCGACCACCUCGAAGUCCUCGAACUCUUCCUCUCCUUCCUCCUCUAUCGCGCCUACCUUCUGCAGGCGGCCGCCGGAUGCGCGGCAGGCGCGAAACGCCGAGACCAGAGAGACCCGCACGCCCGACUCGCCGCGCUCCCCGCGCCGCUCCCCGCGCUGCUGCAUGAAGAGGACUCCGAAGCCGAAGACGCCGACGAGGAGACCCCCGAAGCCGUCAGGCGGAGAUCCGUCGGCGCCCCCUGCCGCUCCGUCUCCUCCGUCUCUUCCGCCUCCUCCGCCUCUUCGUCGGUCUCCGCCGCGGCCUCUCGCGACCGCAGCAGCGGGGCGCGGCGGCGACCCUCCACGCCGGAGGCGCCUGCAGCCGAUGAGCCUCCCCCAGAGCGAUUCUUCUUCUCUCGCUGGCCAUCGGUCUCCUGUCUGCCGCCCUCGCCGCUCGCCUUUUGCUCGGGAGCCCGUGCAGCCUCGCCCGCCUCGUCUGGGCGCGCACGCUCCGCGGCGGCCGCGCCGCGGCUCGCCCCGCGCGCGACAGUCCCCUUUCCGCCGCCGCUUCUUCUCUCACCGGGGCUGUCGCCGUCGCCGCCGGCGUCCUCCCCGUCCCCGCUGUGGCUGGCGUCGUCACCUCAGCCGCUGCCCGCGGGUGCGCUCGUUGCUGGCGUGACGAUGAAGGAAAUCCGCGAGAGCUGCUUGGCCCUCGCCUCGCUCCUCCGCGUCAUCGAGCGUGCGCGCUGCAAAGCGGGCGCGGCCGCAGGCGACGGUGGCGCCGCGCUCUCGGCGCCCGCUGCCUCUCCGCGCGCCGCUUCCUCGCACAACGACCGGCAGGAGUCUCCGCGGUUCAGCUCGCGCGCGUCGAGCUCUUCGCUGUCGCCGGCGCCGCGGAAGGAGGUCGCGGCCGACGGCGCAACACUUUCUGCGCUGGAUAGGAGUCCGAAGGAAGCUUUCGAGGAGAUGGAGAUGACCUGCUUUCCGCCCUACCUGCCCGCAGACCCGCGGCACAUCAGCGAAGACACGACGAUUGCCUCGGGGCGCGAGCGAGAGCUCCGACAGGACCCCCACCCCGGAAGCACGGAGUGGGCGCGAGGCGGAGGAGACGCCGCCGAGGCGCAGCCUGGAGACGACGAGGAGAGCGUGGCGUCCCCGCUGCUGCUCGGCUGGAGCAGGCACGACGCGCCGACGAUCUCCGAGACGCAACGCGGCUACUUGACCUGGCAACAGAAGGGCGUCUUUUACCACGGCUCGCAGCUCCUCUUUCACCUCGUCCAUCUCUCGCUGGACGUCAAGCCCAAAGCUGCGUCGCGCGCCGCAGACCGUGGCCGCCCCAGACGCGCAGCCUCGGCUUCUGAGGCGGCCUCUGCCGCCUCCGUGCCCUUCGCCGCGCUCUUUGGCCUGCUGAGGACUGUUCCUGCGGCGGCGGCGAGUCCGCGGGCCGCGCCGCCUUCGCCGGGCUCGGCGGCGCUUUCCACCCCCGGCGCCGUGGGGAAAGACGCCGCGGGAAGCGUGAGGAGGGAGGGCGAAGAUCCGCGCGCAUCCGCGCCCGCUGCUGCUGCGCCUUCCUCACGCAGCGAGCCGCAGGCCUCGCCCGGCGCGGACCCGGCGCUGUGCCCGUCUUCCGCGCCGCGGUUGCUCCCGUCGACUGCGGCGCCGUCGCCCGCGUCGACGCCCUCGCUGACGCCUUCCCCUCUGCGCGUCUCUGUGGCGUCUCUCGCGCUCGCCGGGUGCGGCGCGAGCCGAGAGGCGUCGCGCGUGGAGGAUGCGCGCCUCCUUCGCUCGCCUGAGCAGGCGGGGGACGCCUGCGCGGACGUUAACUGGCCUGCGUUUCACUGCUCGGCUGCCCUCUUCCAUCUACGGCAGCUGCUGCUUGUGCUGUCACCCCAUCUGCCGACUUCGAGCUCGCGGAAGUCCGGUGCGGUUCGCCGGCGCUCCAGCGCGGCGUCGACGACCUCGGGCGCCCCGGGGAUCCUCGAAGUCCCGCCGCUGGCCUCGCUGCCGCUGUUGCUGCUUCGCUCGCUGAUUUCGCCUCCGCUUUCGUCCUUUCUGCUCAUCGCCGGGGAACUCGAGGAGACGCAGGGCGGCACCGAACUCUGGAUUCCCGUCGCGGAGACUCACGCUCUUUCGCUGCUCGUCUCCGCCCUCCUCUUCCCCUGCAGCUGGCUCAAAAGGAAACUCGCGCGCUGGCUGAGGCGCGGGUGGAAGCCCGCGGCGGGGGCUGCGCCCUCGGCGCACACAGCGCCCGCGCUGGACGGCCCAGACGCGAACGUUUCUCUCGGCGCCGCAGUCGACGCGGCGAAGCGAGUCCCCCUGCCCCCGCUCCGCGUAGACGCGGGCGAGCAACCCGAGGCCCAACGGCUAGAAGAGACGACUGGGCUCGCGAACGUGACGCAGAGAGGGUACGCACUCGUCCGUGCGCACUCGAACGAGUCCACGCUCCGCCUGUCGUCUGCGCCGUCAGUCCCCGAGUUGCCCCCCCUGGCGCCUGCGGCGUCGCCCUCGCCCCCCCCCUUCUGCUCGCGGCUCCGCUCGCGCCUGAGCGCGCUGCUGGAGCCCGAGCGCCGCGUCUACUUGCACGCGGUCUUCUUCCCCGCUGCCAACACGCACUGGCUGCUGCCGGCGACCGCGUUCGCCUCUCCGCCUGCGUUUUCCGACCUCCGCGCAACUGCUGCGGCCGCAGCAGCAGCGGAAGGCCGGCGGCUCGCGAGCGCGGGGAGCCACGCCUCGCUGGACUCGGUGCCGGCGGCCCCCUGCCCUUUCGCGGACCCCAACUGUCUCUUAACGUUCGUCCGCGGCGCGCCCGAGGGCGCGGGUCUCUGCUGCUGCUACGCGACGAAGGACUCGCGCCGCGCCAGUCUCCUCGCGGCGCAGGCCGUGGGGGGGGCUGCUCUCCAGCCGGUCGCGCCGCCGACGACGCCACGCGCACUUCUCACGUAUCGCCUUUUCCUCCUGUUUGCGCAGCUGCAGCGCCAGGAGCAGGUGGAAGUGUACGUCCACGCUGGCGGCGCGGAGAGUGACGAAGGGCACGGCGGCUCCCUGGAGCUUCAGUACAUCCGCGGCGGGCGCGCGCGCACGCUGCGGCGGCUCGAGCCCGACGACGCGUCUGCAGACGAAGUGCGGCAGGGCGAGGGCGGCCGCGAGCCGCGGCGGCUGUCGAGCGAGACGCCCCGCCCGCACCCCAAGCGCAUCGAGAGGAAGUCGACUGUCUUCAUGGCGGUCGCAGGCGCUGUGACCCGCGCGCUGGCAGCGGGGGCCUGGGCGGAGGUGCUCGCCUUCUUACACGCCCUCAGCCGGUUCCUGCGCUCGCUGUGCUGCGUCCCUUCCCACGUCGCGGGGCCCCGCCGCGGUCGCGGAGGCGAGAGGCGCGGAGCGGAGCCCGCGGCCAUCGAAGACGCGUCAGGGAAGGCGCAUCUCACCUGCGGAGGCGCGGCGCUGGCGACGCGGAGAUUCUUCGCGCGGCGUUUGCACCGCCGCGCUCCCCGUUUCGUCUUCCACUGCGCAUGCGCAGGCACCACACACCGCGCGGAGUGCCUGCGCGGCGGCGAAGCCUGCGGAGGGGGCGAGCGAACGCACGAGGGUCGCCCCGCGGAGAGUCAAGACGCCGCCGCGGACGUGCUCCACGUCGGAGGCAACGUGCUCAUCUUCUUCAACCCCAACGCCGGCUACCUCGAAACCGCAGCGAUCAUCGGCGACGGCGAACUCGGUUUCUACCGAAGACGGGGUGUGAGCGUCCUGCUGUUCAACUACCGCGGCUUCGGGCGCUCAGCCGGCUCGUCGAGCCCCGCAGCUACGCUCGCGGACGCCGCGGCGGUCUACCGAUUCGUCGCUUCAUGGCCAGGUGUCAAGACAGUAGGCGUCCACGGCCGGUCGAUUGGCGGGUUGCCUGCGAUUUUCGUGGCGCUGCACCAAGCACACAUUCGUCGCUCGCUCGUCGCGUGGCAGCACCACGCGUUCACCUCCUCGGUUCCUUCGCCCCCUCUGGCAUCGUAUCUCGAUCCUGCGGCAUGCACACCUGCGUCGCUUCCAGCCGCGCCGGCGCCGCUCCCCUCGGCGUCUCGCCUAGCGAAGGGUGGCAGCUUCGUGGUGCGUCGCGGCACGGAGGCCGGCGCGGGCGACAGGGCUACGGAGGAGGAGAGGACGCGCGGGGGGUCACCGGCGCUGCCGCGGAUCUCCUUCCUCUGCGCAGACCGCACCUUCUCGUCGCUGCCCGACGCCGCGGGCGGUCUCCUGGGCUCGUGGGCCUACUGGGGCGUUCGCGGCGCGGCGGUGACAGCACAUGUCGGCUUUUCGCUCUCCAAGUUCCUCACGGCCGCCAAGCGCCGCAGUAAAGAGAAAGCCUUGCGCCAGCGGCGCGACAGCGCGGGCGGCGAGGGGGAAGAGGCCGGCGGCGCAGAUGCGUCGCAGGGCUUCGCGCGGACACCGGGGAGAGACGAGCGGGAGGAGGACGCGCAGGCGGAUGUGGAGCGGCGCGCGGCCGAGGAGACGAGUCCUCCACUCCUCUCGCCGCGGGCGAGCGACGGAAGCUCAUCUGGCUUCGAGGGCGAGUCCGCAACGGACCUCGAAGGCUGCGAGGCAGAGCUCGAUGCCGCGGCGGAAGAAGUGAAACAAGCGGUGCGGAGUUCGCGGCUGGAGGCCGGCAGCGUUCACGCGUUCCUAGCGUGCGGCCGCCACGUCCGCAGAGUGUUGGUGUCUGAUCUGAGGGACGAAGUCAUCAAAGAAUCUGCCUCGCUGAAAACCGGCGUCGCGCGCGCGCUCGUCGAAAGACGCAGACAGCAGACGCGGCGCGAGCUGGUGGAGGCCUUGAUGGAGGAGGAGAGGCGACUCGACCGGGAAGGGCAUCGUAAGACCCUCGACUUCAACGAGGAGAGAGGCAACGCGCUCCAAGUUUUCCGCGCUCGCCGCCACUCGGUGCGCGCCUCAAGCGGCGCAGCAGACGACAGUGCUGUGUGGAGCAGCGCCGACGAGCGCGCCGGCGACGCAGAGGGCGCAGAAAAGGACGAAAGACACUCGCUGGCCCUCGCGUUCCGCAGUGUAGGUACAGUGGAGAGGUCACAGGCGCGGAGCUUCAGAGAGUGGUCUCUGAGCGCGAGCAGCGAGGAUGACGAAGAGCAGCACAUCUCCUGCCGAAGGCGAGCGACGCGCGCUGUGCACAAGUUGCAGUCGCUGCUGUCUGCGUCCGCACUUACCACUGCCUCCGCGACGCCCGGGGACACUCUGCCUCUCGCGACUCCGCGUCCCUCGUUCGCGCGCGCGUCAGGGAGCUUUUCGUCGCGCUCGCUCUCGUUCAAGGCCUCCUGGCGCCGGCCGCUGCGCGCCGCCCUCUGUUCUGCUCGGCAGUCUUCGCUUGCGGCUUCGCAGGCCUCCGGCGAUUGGGGUGAAGAGAGUGUGCAAGGUGUAUGUACACCCCGGUGUGGCGAGGAGGAGGACGACAGGGAGACGCGCACGCUGGCGGCCGAAGCGGAAACGGAGGCGGCACGCGAGCGCGAGUUGCGGGCCUUCUGUGAACAAGAGGCGGCUCUGAUUCUGCGCGCGCAGGCAAGGAAACAAAAGAGACUGCUUCGCAAGGUGCCGGCUGCGUGGUCUCUCUUGACGGAGUUGCUGCACUGCGCGCGGCUGCUGUCGGUCUCGGCUUCCUUGGAACGCGGCAAGCGGCGGGCGAGCGAGUCGCGCAAGUGGUGUAUCGAAAGCGUGGGAGCCGGCGCCGCGUUUCCACUCUUCUCGGACUCGGAGACGUCGACUGAAGAGGAGACGGAGGAGGCCGUCAGCGACAGCGACUCCGAUGAAGAGAAGAUGAACUGCAAAAGCGAGGAGGAGUCCGACGCCGAGAGCGAGGCGAGCGCGGAGAACGGCGGAGGGGCACCCGCGGCGGCGCGCAGACGGAGCUUCUUCCGGCGCGGAAGGUCGCUAAGUCGACGUGACUCCGACCGCGCGGGAGGAAGAAAGAAGAAAACUUCCAGACUUGACAAAUACGCAGAACAGUUCCCGAUUCUUCGCGAGGCGCUGCGCACAUCGGCGCUGCAGGUAAACGCCCGGCUGCGGCACCUCGCCAGGUCGGCGCCCGCUCCUUCCAGCCCCCGCGGCGACGCACCUGCGCUCCACGCGAGGCCGCCGCCCCCCCAAGGGCGCCUGCUGCGGCGAGGCCUGUCUGGGGAGCUCCGCGCCCUGGGCAAGCGCGCGAGUUCGAGCUUCGCACGCAGCGAGAAGAAGCCCAAGUUGCCGCUCUCGCGCCGAAUCAGCACGCGUCUCUCUGGGAAUUCGGUAUACACGUCGCUGGGACGCGAGAGCGACGACGAGCUGGACUCUGCGGCGGACGACGGCGACAGUGACAGCGACGCAGCCUCGGGGCGCGGGGAGAGGGAGGCCGCGGGCGACGUGGAGGCCGAGGGAGCAGCCGAGCGUCCCCGGUGCACGCAGAUGCUUGCCUUCGAGGGUCGACUUCCACAUGCGCAGGUCGCCCUGAGGCUGCUGAAGAUUCGGCGGGGAGUCACGAGCCGCGACGCGUCGCCGUCGCUGCUGCGCAGCCUCACGUCGCCCAGACUGCACGCGAAGCGUGACGGCGGGGCUGGUACUUCGGCGGCGGCGAUGCCCUCCGCAGCUUUGUUUUCCUCCUCCGCGCUGGAUUUGGCGCCAGGCGCAAUCGUGCCUUCGCCGUCGUUCGCGUCAGAAAGCGACGAAGCAGCGUCGCGGGUCCAGCGCGCGACCAGCGCCGCGAGCUGCGAGCUGGGCUCCGCGGCCUCGGCGCCGCAUCACUUCUCGACGCCGGCUCCGUCGAUCUCUUCGCUGAGGCUCGUGCACCUCCCGUCGCAGGCGCUCGCGGCGGCGGAGAGCCCGCGAGAGCUUGAUCGCCCGCUCUGCGAGGCGAUUGACGAGACCACGCUGCGCGCCUGGCUGUCGCCCGCGCUCUCCUCCUUCCUCGCGUCUGUGGGGCUGCUGCUCAGUGCGGAGCUCGACGCGGGCGGGCAGCCGCUGGGCGCGGCUCUCGCGCAAGUCUCGCUGCGCAGGCGCGACGGACGCCGCAACAAAAAGGCGCUUGCGCAGUUCGCGGAGACCUUGCGCGUCUGGGGCGCCGUGGCGGCGGACCGCGCAGAGGCCCUCGACGGCGAACGCGACCCCAAGACCUGGCGCGCUCGCCUCCUCCGCGAGCUGCGAGGCGAAUGGCCUGAAGAGAUCCGCGGCCGAAGCGCCGAGCGAGGCCACGGGCGUCGAGCGGCAGAGCGGGGACGAACCGGCGGCGCGACCGGGCCCGACAGGGCGACCGACCCCGCAAGCGGCGACGGCGGCGGGAAGUGCGAGGUCGAGGCCGGGGGAGACGCCCCAGGAGGGAGCGCGGAGGCGGAGCUCGGGCCCUACGAGGCCCGCAGACUCAGCGCCGAUGAGGGAGACAGCGACGCAGACAUUGUGGACGAGGAGGCGGAGGAGCCGCGAGGCGGCGGCCCUCCCCAGCGGCUCGCAUUUUCAUCGCCCAGCGAGUUCGCUGUCCUCUCAGACCUCGCCCGCCACCUGCCGCCACACCCCGAGAAGGAGCCGCCUGCGACUUGGCCGUCUUCGUUCCUCUUCAAAAGCAGUUCCUCCUCGUCGCUCUCCUCUUUGCGCUCGGCGGCGUCGCGCGCGUCUUCGGCGCGGACUCUAAACUACAGCUCCGCGUUCCCUGCGGUCGCGGCUUUGCCUGCCCACGUCUCGGCGCUCUUCGCGGCAGCCGAGGCCGCUGUCGAGCAGUGGGAGCGCGAGGGAUGCGACGACCUCGCGAGCGUCUGCCGCAGAGCCACGAGCCGCGCUGCGCGCGCCAGAGAUGAGGCGCGCGAGAAGACGAGGUCCAGCAGCAGCGACGCCGUCGCGCGCGAGGUCGGGACGACCAGCACCGUUCUGUCAGGUCUUGUCUCCAUUCUGGAGGCACAGGACAGCGACAGCCUGUUGGGGUGCGACGCGCUCGAAGACCUCCUCACGUUCCUCCGCCUCAAGCUCUCUCUCAUGUGGCAUUGCGCGCGCGACUGCGAAGCAAGUCAAGGCAGCCUCACAUCCGCAGACGAACCGACUGAACGGGGAGGAGAAGGAGAUAGGAAACCGGCGGCGGGUCGCUCAACGUGUGAAGAUGCGGCACCGACCGGACUGGGCUCCGUUGGGCACCCGAGGGCGGCCUCACCGCGCACCGUCUUCCUCCUCGCGAAGCGUCUUUGCGCGUGCGCUCAGAUGCUGAGACUCUCCGCCGGCGGCACUUUCGCUUCGUGGCAGAGCGAGUCGCGGCGCGCCGGCGAGGCGGCGGGCGGACAGGGUGCCGCGGCGCCGCGGCGCCAGGCGUCUGUUCAUGCGGAGAUCUGCAGACUCCUGAAGGCGCUGCUCGCCGCUGAGAGGCCUGCGCGCGACCUCCCGAGGCCCCCCGAAGUGGACGCGCUGCCGGCAGAUCCCUCGUUGGACAGGGAGUUCUGCGGACCCUCGUCCGCGGUGCUGCGGCGCUUCGCAGAGGAGCUCGGCUUCCCCGCCCUGCCGCUGCUUUUCCUGCACCUCCGCCGCGCAGCUGACAGAGUGGCUGACGGCGCCGCGCGCGAACGCGAAGCUGGGCGCGGAGAAAAGCGCGGCGGCCUCGCGCCGCCAUGGCUGGGCGCGCGGGCGCGGAUGGAAGGCGGCGCGGAGCUGCGGAGAGCACAAAAAGACGGCGACGUCGAGGAGGGGGAGGAGGAGACACAGAGAGACCUGCGCCCACCCGACGGGCUUGCCCGCGACCAGAGUCUGCAGGAGUUCUUCGUGGAAAAAACGCAGUGGUCUGACGCCAUUGCCGCCUUCACGCGCUUACAAGGCCUCGUAUGUGUGGCUCGUCUCCGCGCGUCGCUCCGCCUGCAUGCGGCUUUCUUCCUCCUUCUCUAUCGCAAAACACUUUAUGGCGCUGCGGCGGCGCCGGUAGCGGAGGCAGCUCCCUCGCCUGCCGCCCUCGCGCCGCGUGGGUCUCGAAGCGCCCCGCCAGAGACUCGCGGCGAAGUCACGCUGCAGCUCCGCGCGCGCCCACUCUUGGGCUCGGGGCCUACCUCGCCGCGGAGUUCCGACGACUUCCUCCUUCUCGAGGAAAUCCCGCUGGAUGCGUCGUCGACACAGGGCGCCCAGCCCGCGGCGUCGCUCCGGAGAGACAGCGAGGCCGCAAAGACGGAGGCAGAGGCGUCCUCCCUCGCCUCCGCGGCGGGCGACGACGGCGAAGCGGGGCGUCUGGAGGCGCUUGCGCGCGCCCGCGCGCGCUGGAUGCUGGAGCAGCAGCUGCUUCUCACUGUGGGGCGAUUCGUGGUCAUCUACCUCCGGUUCGCGGACAGCCUUUGGAGCGCCUAUCUGGAGCCGCUCUCGGUCUGCCUGCGUCGCGCGCCGCCCUUUGCGCGUUUCGCUGAUCGAGAAGAGGACAUUUCUUCGUUGCGAGCCGCGAGGGAGCCCAACGAAGAAAGGCAAGGCAGGCGCGAGGAGCUCCUCGACGCGGCGGACUCACGUCGCUCGUCUGGCUCCAGCGCGGAGACCGAGAGGUCUUCCAGCGCGACGGAGCUCAGCAGCUUCUAUCCCCCUGCGUCGCGGGUCGUGGCCGGUGGCCGUCUGGCGGUCCGCGGCUGCCUCGAAGUCGCGGGCGCCGCGGAGGGAGACCCCAACGCGGAGAAGCCGAAAGCGAAACGUCUGCGAUUCCAGCGGGAAAGCGCGGAAGACGACCUCGAGGGCGCCGCAGACCCGCGAGACACAGAAGACGCAGACGCCGGGGCAAUUUCGUCGGCGCUUUGGCGCUCGUCCUUCGCUUCGUCGCGGCGCCUGAUGCCUGGGUUUUUGUUGCCUUCGAGCUCGGGUCACAACGGUCCGCUCGGCGACGACGACCUCAUUCUUCUGCAUCUGCAUUUGCUCGACGCGGGCUUCAUUGACGCCGAAAAGUACGCGAUUCCGCCGCUCUUCUCAAGGUGCCUCAGCGCCUUCAAGCAGCGUCUCGCCGCGCGCCGGCGCCGAGACACCGGCAACGCUUUCGGCAAAACGCUUCUUGACUAA